UUUAAAAAUAUAAAAUAAAAAAGUAAAAAAAAAAACGAGCACGGCAAUGGAUGGGAGGACUGAGGAGGAGGAGAAGAUGGAUCCUAAAUCCACUGUUGCUGACCAGCCUAGGGCGGCGAUCGAGCACCGUUCCUUCGCUCGGAUCGGGUUCCUCGGUAACCCCAGCGAUGUUUACUUCGGCCGUACCAUCUCCUUCACUAUCGGUAACUUCUGGGCCUCCGUCAAGCUCGAGCCUUCCCAGCAUCUCCUCAUCAAGCCUCACCCGUUCCACGAUCUCGUCCGCUUCACCUCUCUCGACCACCUCGUGGAUCGUUUGCAAAAUGAAGGCUACUACGGUGGUGUAAGGUUGCUUAUGGCCAUUUGUAAAAUUUUCCGCAACUACUGCAAAGAUAAUGCCAUCCAACUUCAUCAAGGAAACUUCUCUCUUUCUUAUGAUACCAAUAUCCCUAGGCAGACAGGGCUUUCGGGUUCUAGUGCCAUCGUAUCCGCUGCCCUCAACUGCCUUCUCGACUUCUACAAUGUCAGGCAUCUGAUCAAAGUACAAGUUCGCCCUAACCUUGUUCUCAAUGCUGAGAAAGAACUUGGUAUCGUUGCUGGUCUUCAAGACAGGGUAGCUCAAGUGUAUGGUGGUCUUGUUCACAUGGAUUUUAGCAAGGAGCACAUGGAUAAACUGGGGCAUGGGAUUUAUUCUCCUAUGGAUAUCAGUCUCCUACCUCCUUUGCAUCUCAUCUAUGCUGAGAAUCCUAGCGACUCAGGGAAGGUACAUAGUAAGGUCAGGCAAAGAUGGUUAGACGGCGAUGAGUUUAUAAUAUCAUCAAUGAAAGAAGUUGGAAAUGUAGCAGAAGAAGGUAGAACUGCAUUACUAAACAAGGACCAUUCCAAACUCGUGGAACUCAUGAACCGUAACUUUGACAUUCGGAGGCGGAUGUUUGGGGACGAAUGCUUAGGAGCAAUGAACAUAGAGAUGGUGGAGGUAGCAAGGAGGGUUGGUGCAGCAUCGAAGUUCACAGGAAGUGGAGGAGCAGUGGUGGUGUUCUGCCCUGAAGGUCCAUCUCAGGUGAAGCAUUUGGAAGAGGAAUGCAGGAAAUCGGGAUUUAAGAUUCAGCCGGUAAAAAUAGCCCCUUCGUGUUUGAAUGAUUCAGACAUUCAGCGCUAAUGAAAUGCCCUUGAUCGAGUCUAUUACACGCACGCACCCAUUGGUAGCUUUAGUGUCUCUCAGUUGUCACGGAGGUUGUCAUGAAUUCACGGGCUCGACCGAACCUUGUGCUCACAACUUUUUUUGUUUUUUUGGCUUGCACGUUUUAGUGUUUGUUCCUUGUACGUCUCUCGUCUUUUUUUUUUUUUUGGUUUCCCUUUCUUCGGAAUUAUCCAUAUAAAUGCACAUAUUUGUGCUCUGUUUUUUUUUUUUUUUAAAUAUAAAAUAAAGAAAUAUUAUUUUUGGCAGAAAGA